AUGUUACCGUUUCUACAGCGCCAUUGGGAGGCCGGAUUGGAAGGCCCUCUUAUCGAGGAAAUGAUCAGCAGUGCCUUCAGCGACUUUGCCCCUUACGCAGGCGCAGAGCAACAGCAGCUGCGGUUUGUCCGCCGACAGAUGGAUGGCACAACGUCGUCCUUUAUGUACGAUGACGAGGGGGAUUGGGCUGUGAAUGUUGAAAAUCGAAACAUUGGCGCCGUGGCAUUUUCAACGAGAAGAGAGGUCUUGUGUGACUUGCGUGCACGGGUUCCAUUGCGAUUAGGUUCCGUGGAGAAUGAUAACCAUAACGACAAGCCAGGUGGCAAUGCUGACCGGACGGAAAUUUCUCACGCAGUCUCUUCUCAAACAAGAGACAGUCAACGUCGUUUUAUCUCCUCCGCUGUGCUGCCGUCUCGCGGUCGGCCCGGCACGAUUGGUGUGUUGGAGGUAUUAUUUUCGCCCGCUGUAGAGCGAUAUGGCAUUGGGUUGCGCGCUGGUCCCUUCUCGUUGCGCACCACAACGGGUCCGGCUCGAAGCGAGGAAAAAGAAAGCCCUAACAGCACACAGACGGACACGGCUCGUCGCACGCCAAUUUUUAUUGAUGGCUCGUGGUGUGUGCCAGUGGGGCCUAUGUUACCUGAUUUCCUUGCCACGGCGCUCCCAUCGUCGUUGCAUCUUUCUGUUGCCCUGCAGCACCCAAUGGGCAGUGCGGAGGGCGAUACUUUAGCAUCGUUGUGUUUUCACAGUAAACCGCACGAGCGUUAUGAGGACACUUUUCAUUUCCUUGUGGUGCAGACCCUCAUUUCAAGCAACCGGCUGUCGCAUUCUGCAAAUGAAAUAGCAAGGAGUCGAAGUACACUCUUUUCAGGCGAUGUGAGCUGGCGGGAUUUGGGUACAUUGAUUGGGGUAAGUAAGUCGUUUGGAAACGGUCUUUUCCGUCUGAGUGCCUCCUCGAUGAUGCACGAUGGCGAAAUGGACUAUGAGGCCGCGAUGAUGUUGGACGCAACGCCCGCCUUUGCCAAUCAGACACAGUUUAAAGUUGGGAUUAAUAAGGUUGGUUGUAUUGGCAUCGGUAUUGCCACAAAAAUUUUUGAGGGUCUCCAGCUGACGCUAGGCGUACAUCACUUGCGCAGGUCCGGCACGCGAUUUGGACUUGAGAUAGCAAUUUAG